UAUCCGUCUUCAGAUUCGACAUGUUCGCAAAGCGGGAAAUAUUAUUGAAAGAAAUAAGAAGAGAUCGAAAUAUAUUUAUUGUAAAUUGUGCUGCUAAUUUUUCAUGUUGAGAUGAGCGCGAAAUUGAAUAGUUUGCUCAGUCAAAAGGACCGAGCGCAAUUACGCGAGUUCGUGCAAAAAACAUCGACUGAGGAGCUCACAAAAAUAAUAUCUAACGGAAUUGUCAACGCAGACAACAAGAUAUUGGAUGGGAUAUUGCAAGUGUGUUCCGAAUCAGAAAGUUUAUAUGCCAAGAGACUUAAACUGGUGAAGUCUGCUUUGAAAACCUUGGGCCAAGCUAAAAUCUCGAUCAGUCAUGCGAACGAUAUUGUGAACCGUAUAGUGAUAGACUUUCCUGAAUAUCCAAAGCUGCAUCUAGUCCAAUUGGUAAACUUUUGUCUCGAUAGCAUCCGUGACAAUGAUGAUGAGUUUAGAAGUUGGAAAGAUCUAUUGCCUGUCCUGUUGGAAAUAUUGGAGGAGGAAAAAUAUAUAAAUCAUAUGAAUAGUGAAGUCUCUGGCUCCAAAUAUAAGUCUAUUAUCAUUAACAAUAUAUGCAACAGCAAGUGGGAGACAGAGAUAAUGCCUUCAUUGGCAGGAAUGUUUAGAGACAUAUCCUUAGAAAAGGAAGAUCAUAGUACAGUGAUUACAGUAUUGUGCACGAAAUUGCAAGAUAUAUCUCUUGAGGAAGUGCCACCUUUCGUACAUCAAUCAUUAAGAUUGUGUACUAAUCAGAACAAUAAAUAUCUCUUGGAAGCUUUAAAAAGAUAUUUUACACUACGCUUUUCGCAAGCUAAUUCUGAUACUGAUACUUUUGAAACUAUAGAUGUAGUAAAUCCCAAGGAAAUCCAAGAUGUUGAAAGUACAGUAUUAUAUCAUAUAUCUCAAGCGGCAGAAUUGAAUCAUCAACAUGUAAGAGACUACAUCAAGUAUUUCAAGAGUUUGUCUCACAUUCCUGAAGUUGUAUUAGAACCUUUCAUGCUUUCUGUGUUGCUCACAGUUGCAUCUGUCGAUGAAAAUCAGAUUUAUAAAAUGCUGCGAGAGAUCAUUAAUAAUCGAAACGAAAAUGACAAUAAACAAAAAAAUAGCGCAUGGUUGAAAAAACUGAUUCCUGAUUCCUGUAGCGUAAUGACUGUGAUGGAAAAUGUCAUCAAUGCGAGUAACAAGGAUCGCCAUUUAGUACUGAAAGGACUUGUGGAUCUUGCAUUUGUUCUUAUGGCUGUAGAAAAUAAGACUAAAACAGGCACGCAUCCUUUAUGGCAAAUUGGUACAAAGAUACUUCAAAAGAUAAUGAGAAAACAUCAUGAAGCAGUUGCGACUAUAUUUCAAAUGUUAAUCGAUAAGAUAACCGCAGGUGGAUCAUGUAUCUCUCAAUAUACCGAUUGUUUAGCGUAUAUGUGCCGUAAGUUAACGGUUCUGAUAUUGGAUCAUCAAGAUUCCAUAAUAAUGCUUUUCGAUCAAAUCUCAUUUAUACCUGGGGAGAUUGCAAUUUUUAUCGUUUCUGCGAUAUUUCCAUUGGUACAAGUUUCGGUCAGUAUAAGAGAACACAUAAUCUUAACAUUGAGGAAGACUCUCUAUAGAAAGGGUACAUUUAAUCGACAAAUGGCAGUCAGUGGAAUUCUAGAGAUGUUGAGGAAUUUGAAGAUGCAUUCUAUGAGCGGUCUCGCGAUGAGUUCAAGUCAAUGUGCUAAUUCGUCGUUGACUGGCACAAGUUCAACAUCUAUUUUGACUCAGGUGAUUUUGGAGAGAGGCACUCAAUCAGGAUCUACUUCAAGAUAUAAUAGGUCUUUGUGUUAUGAUAUAUUGGGUAUUUUGAGAAGAUGUUUCACUCAUGAGUGCGAAGUCCGAUUACACUUAUAUAAUGAUUUAUAUGAAGCGGUAUUAAAAAAUAUGAAGAUAGCGGAAUACGUACUAGAAAUGUUAUUGCCACACUUUAAAACAUUCUUUGAGGCGGAUGAAAAUGUUGCAGUACCAAUUAAAUUGGAUUUAUGUACAACUAUACAAGGAGAGCAAGUUAUAUCGCAGGAACCUCUAGCGGAGCUAGUACUUAUAUUACAAAAGAUUUAUAUCAAAUCAGCUUUAAUAAAAUCAUCUGUUAUUGAUGAAUUGGCUGUUAUUUUGGAAUCUCUCUGCAAACGGAUGUCGCAACUUGAGACAGAACAUUUAAAUCUGGAGGAUAAACUUGAUUUAAACAACUCUAACAUCAAAGUUCAAGAAAAAUUGCAAAGUGUUCUAUUAACGAUAAAAAUUUAUGAGGCUCUCAUAUCUUUCAGAAUCGGUGCCUGGUCUAUAAAUUGUACAGAUACUGCGCAAAGUAUUAAAAAUUUGUUCAAAGGAUAUGCGAGAUUCGUUGAAUUUACUAAGCGCGCACCAAGAGCUAAAAAGGGAGAAGGAAAAAAUAAAAAGGCACAAAACGAUACAAAUACGACUAUAAAGAAAGCUGGCCGAUCGGGUAGCAUAAAAUUACCGCCCAGUAUUAUGGAUCUGCCUAUAAUAUACAAAAGUCUGAUGCUCUUUUACGUGAAAUCCGUUCCCUGGGCAACUGCUGACCAAGUAGCCAUGUUAAUAGAUUAUCAUGAGUUUUAUCUUUACAUCCUGCGAAUACUGCUGCAAAUAUUGCAGAAUAUUAAAUUGUUGACGGAAUACAAUCUACGGAAACAUAAAGAACAAUACAUGAAGACUUAUUUUGAAAUUGGAAAAUUAUUGUACGAUUAUGUUAUAUUGGACUUUAAAAAUAUCCUCAAUACAGAUGAACAAGGCACAAUAUUAGCAUUAGAAUGUUUCAAAGAAUUAUGUUGUUUAAUCUGCACUUAUUUCUCUUCUGAAAUAUCGCACUUUCUCAAUUUUAUUAUUCCUAAUGAAUCAACACAAACGGAAAAGCUUAACAUGCAAUUGGAAAAUAUAAUUGCUAUUUUAUAUACAAGUUUCAAUGAAUUCUUUAAUGAGAAAGAGGAACAUGAGGAGAAUUCCAAACAGAUACUUUGCAUAUUAUUGGAUAUUAUUUACCAACUGACGCGAGAGAUUAAUUUUUAUGAAACAAAUGGCGAUAAAGUGUUUGAUUUGAUGAUGAAAUUCACACAAUUGGAAAAUAUGCAUCCCCAAGCUUCUUUAACUAUCUUUCAAAUAUUGUUGUGGAUAGAACAGCGUAGUAAGGAAUACGGAGAAUUAUUAAUCGAUAUCACUUUUGCACUGUGCGAGAAAAUGGGUAGCAUCGAUAAGGCCGAGAUAUCACUGAAUAGUAAAUUCAAAAUUAUUCACGAGGAUACAGCGGAUAAGCUUUACAAUUUGAUAAAUAAUUCAAUAAAAGAAAAGUUGGACCAUGUAUCUUGGUUGUUGGAGCGACUUAAGGCCGAGCAUAAUAUUGCUUGCCUGCCUGGCACAGAUCUCGAAAAGCAUCAAGAAAAAGUGAGAACGCAAGAACGCAGUUUAUGCAAACAGUUGUCGCAUAUUAUACAAAUUCUUUAUACAUUAGCUAACGUUGCUAUUCAACCAGGACUAUCCACAGAGAUUAUGUUCAAAAAUUUACAAGUCUUGUAUAAUCUACUUAGCAGUCUUACAAGAUAUUUCCAUGGAAGAUCUAGUAAACAAAAUGCAGCGUUUCAAUCAGUAAAAUUUAUUCAAGUUAUUCAAUCUGCUGGAAAACCAUUAAAAUCUGCAUUUUAUAAUUUAAUAACACAUACCGAGGAAGCUCAAAAUGCAUCAAAAUCAAAGGUUGAUACACACGUACGAAGAAAUAAGAUUUUGAGGGAGACCAAGACUAUACCCCGUGUAAUAUAUGAAAUUGAACAGUUUCACAACGAGAUUUUGUCACUUGACAAAAAAACUGGCGUUCCACUUGAGACUUACAUAAAGCACAGCAUAACGCGAGAUUUUCGUAUAAAAAAUUCACAAUUAACAGAAGCAUUAGAAAAGAUGAAUAUAAGCUUACUGGAUACACAAACUUCUCAUCGCAGCAACAACAUAUCUAAUGCAGAUAUAAAUGAUGUGUCUAUGGAAUCUACAGAAAUACAAUCUUCAAAUACAUCUUUAAAACGGCCUAGGAAAAACGACUCAUCCUUAAACUCAUCUAUGGAAUCCUCGUCACAAAAACGUCCUAGGAGAUCGUCAGAAUCUUAAAAUCAUAAGUGCUUUUAUAUUUUAAGAUUAUAAAUUACUUUUAAUUGUUUCGAUACAAAAUUAAUCUACAUUCUAUAUUAUAUAACAAAGUUUCCUCUUCAUACAUGUACAGUUGAUAAUAUGAAUCGUCUACAAAGAAAAGUAUGUUUAUUAAAUAUAAAUAUUCUAUUAC